AUGGCUACUUCCAGGUAUCGCAACUUUCUCCGACUGCUAGAGCAGUGGCCUGUUGAUAAAUCUAGAGAGAAACGUGACUUGGGAGCCUUCGUUAGAAGACGCGUCGUUGAAGGAUUCUCCCACGGCGAGGCGACACAAAUCAAUGCUGCUGAAUGUGAUAAAGUCUAUGAGAGCUUGCAUCGGAUCAACACCGAUUUUCACCUCCGAACUUGGAGAAGGUCGAAAGAGACCAACGCCUCGGGGGCGACUGCGGAAGCUCUACGUACUACACUUUCUGACGCAGGUCUCAAGGAGUUGUCGGGGCAGUAUGUCGAAGGUCCAUUCAGCAGGCUCAAAGAACAGAUCUCAAAGAGGGAAACAUAA